AUGGAUGCGGUGACUGCUGUCCAGAUGAAUUCACGUGCGUCGAGUUUCACCGUGGAAGACAUCUGUGAAGCGAAGAAAGUGCUGUGCCAGUCCCUCGGCGUCGUCGGCACCUAUGUACCUCACCGGAGAGGAGAUGAAGCCGGGAAGAAGUCCCUUGAGGAUAUAAUGAAAAUCCUAAGGGAAAACGAGCAUCGAAUUCCGGAGUUUGUGGCGACGGAUGCCCCAAUCCUGCCGUCGUGUGCCCCGGACAAUAUCGACGUUCGUCUCUUGUUUAAGGAAAUCGCGGCCCUUAAUACAAGAUUAGGCGAAGUUAUUAUGAAGUUUGAAGCUAGCCUAGUCACUAUCGCCGAGUUACGCGACGAAAUCACAUGUUUGCGGAAUGCUCCAACUCGGUCGGCGGUUUCAAAUUUCAAGAGCGAUUAUCGACCUGACACUGGAGUCGAGUCGGUUAGUUUACGUGUUGCUGACACUGUAAAAUGUGCCGCACGCGCCGCUGCAUCGCCCACGCACCCCCCGCGCGCGCGACCGCCUCCUGUCCCCUCGAAGUCACGUCAGCGUGCAUAUGCUGACGUCGCCGGUCAGCCUGUCGCAGCUAACCGGGUCAAUGCGCCUUCUAAGGCGUGUGAAUCACGGGCUCCCCUUUUGGAAAAGUCCUCCCGCACCAAUGUGGAUAAGGAGGGAUUCACACUGGUGGAAAGGAAGAGCAAGGCGCGCAGGGCGCCCCGUAAGACUCUGUGUGGCAGUGCGGAACCGGUUAAUUCUGGUUUACGAAUUGCGACCCCGAGUAAGGCGCUCUACGUGUCUCGCCUGCAUUACUCCGCCGUUGCCGACGAGGUGGUGGAGUACGUCCGCCGGAAGACUGGCUACACGCUGAGGAGCCAUAAGAGCGAGUCACAUAAUUUUGCGGCCCUCGAAGAGUAA